CUUCUUUCUCUGUCCUACAAUAAAGCAUACCACACUUCCUAACUGGGUUUCAGUCACUCAGCCUCCCACUUCACACUCCUCUUCUCUGAAUCUAACUCAGACACCUCCACCAUGUCAAAUAAGAUGGUAAUUCAGCAGCCCAAUCACGUUGUUCAGGCCGUCACAUCAAACCAAUGGAGCUCCGAAAUCUGUGACUGCACCCAGGAUAUGUCUUCGUGUUGCUUUGCGUUCUGGUGCUUCCCCUGUUUUUCAUGUGUAACAGCGAGAGAGGCUGGGGAGUGUCUGUGUCUGCCUCUGCUAGACGGUUUCGGCGCCAUCCCCCCAGCCACCAUGUCCAUGAGGGUGGGCAUGCGCCAGCGCUACGGCAUCGAGGGCACCAUGUGUAAUGACUGUGUCUAUUCCUUCUUCUGCGGGCCCUGCACCUGGUGUCAAAUGUCACGAGAGAUGAAGAACCGCAUUCAACCCAUCACUCUCAUCAAUGCACACACAAGAUAAGGAAAGACCUCGCUCUUUCUCAUACUCCUCUUCGUCAUCACUGUCGUGUAGAGUAGGCCAGAAGGCAAAAUGAAAAACCUCAGCUCUAUCAAAACAAAGGAUGGUGGAGCUGUGCAAGGGUGUUUAUUUACAUAAUGAAUCUGGAAGAAAAACAACAGUACUGCCAUCAAAAGUAUAAGACAGCUUAAAAAAAUAAUUAAUUAAUUAAUUAAAAAUAUAUUGGUGCCCCUCACAUCAGAACCUAUCAAACACGAAGUAAUUAAGCAAUUACCAUCAUCAAAGCCCACAUGUUCCACUUAGCUAAACAUCAUGAAUUAUAUACAUUUGUAAGGAAUUGUAUUAGAUAUUGGUAACUUGUUUUAACAACUUCUCAACAUUAGCUAUGGUUGACACAAUAUACACACUCCCUUUUAUAUUGGACAUAUGCUGGACUCAUUGGACAAAUGCACGACACCCACAACUCCCCUCCCCCAUGACAAUCACUCAGACACACACAACUCAGGGUUGGAGCUCCAGACAAAGAACUACCUCAGGAACCAAUGGAACGUGGACACCAGGCCUGUACAGGACUACCCAAGACCCAGACCGACCAAUCGGAAGGCCAGACUCGCAGAUCAACCUACUUUGCUUGUUGUCUAUAUAUAAAACUGUACAACUGUGGAAACUGCCCUUUUUCCUGACGACCCCAUACGGAUCAGAUAGAAAGAGCCGUGCUGCACGCUUUGCAUAAUAUUUUUACACUUGAAUAAACCUGCCUUAUUAUAAAAUUA